AUGAAAAAAAAAGAUGACGAGAAAAAAGAUGACGAAACGAAGAAAAAAGAUGACAAAGCGAAAAAAAAGACAAUGAAGCGAAAAAAAGAUGACAAAACGAAAAAAAGGGGUCUAAAAAAAGACCUAAUAAGAGAAGACCUAGACAGAGAGAAGAUAGACCUCGAAAAGAAAGACGACGAAAGUAUAUAUUGUGUAUAUAUAAUAUUGUUGACGAAAAAAAAAGUCGAUGAAAAAAAAAAGAGGCUAGAUAAUCUAGAUAAUUUAUGUGAUAAGAGAAAAUAUGUUGUUCAUAAUAUCAAUAAACAAGAGAAUUUAACUCUAAAUAUUCAACUUCGGAUAUCAAUAUCAAAUUUACAAGUUGAUAAUGUACCCACUGGAAGAUUCUUGUUAUGUCGAGUGAUUUCCAGAUUCGUAAAAUUAUAUGCCCUUUUAGCUCUUGUGGAAGAUCCAGAGGGUAAUGUUGAAAGAUUUGCUUUGUAUAAUUGGACAAAUAUUCCCAAAGAAGGUCAAUCAAAUAUUAAAUCUAUAAAUCAAUUAUUUUUACCAAUUGGAACUCUACUUGUCAUCAAGAAUAUAUCUUAUGAAUAUGUCACUGGUAAUAUAACCAUAAUUCGUUCUAAUAACCCUGAUGAUGUCAUCAUCGUCGAUCAAAAUAACAAGUCGUUUAGUGACGUGAAAUGGUCCACGAAUGAAAAGAAAGUUGAGAUAAAGAAUGCCGAUGAUUUCCAUCGUUGUGGAAAUGAUUAUUUUUCUUCAAGUAAUUAUAUUGCAGCUAAUUAUAAUUAUUCAAAUGGCAUCAAAUUGGAGCCACAAAAUGUCACUUUACUUAUUAAUCGAGCAGAAACUUGCCUUCGAUUGUAUCAAUUUCAUAAUGCUCUUAAGGAUACAGAGAUUGCUCUUAUGUAUGAACCCAAUAAUUUAAUAGCAGCUUAUCGCAAGGGUAAAGCUCUUUGUGGUCUCAAACAUUAUAAAGAAGCCACUAAUAUACUUCAAAAUUUACAUCAAAGAACGAAAGAAGGAAAAGGAAGAGGUUGGAUCGCUAAAUGUGACAUUCCUGAAUAUACUUUGCUGAUGGUCUCUAAAGCAUUUAAAGUAGUUUUUAGUAAUGAAGUUUUUGGAACUAUGAUAAGCGAUACCCAAAAUGAUGAUUCGCUUGUUGAAGAAUUAACUACAUGUAUUACUCUGAAACUUAUUGCAGAACCUUAUUAUUGUCAGGAAGUGUAUCAACUUUAUGAUGGUUUAAAUCUUAGCGAAAAUGAAAAAAUUGAAUUAAUCAACAAAAAUGAAGUGAAUAUUAAUUUAAUUGUACAUACUCUCCUGCACAAUGAUUUUGGUUUAAAUUAUAAUGAAUUUAAUCUUAAAACUGAAAUAACCGGUACAGGACUGUGUAUCUUGCCAUCUUUGUUCAAUCAUGCAUGUAUUGAUGAAAAUGUAAACCAUUUUUUUCUUGGUGAUUUGAUAUUCCUUCGAACUAAUCGGCCUAUUUCAAAAGGUGAAGAGCUAAUUAUUAAUUACAGAAAUUUUGCCUUUUGUUAUGAAGAACGAUUAGUUUAUCUUAAAACUAUGAUGAACAUAGAUUGCCAAUGUAGAUUGUGCAAGUUGGAAAGAUCUGAAUCACAAGAAAUUAGACUUAGAAUGAGAGAACUCUUGAAAAUCUAUAAUGAAUCAAUCAAACCUAAAUUAUUAGAAUCACAUAAUGUUGAUCCUUCUCUUAUUAAAGAAUUAGAAGAUAUAAUUGCUAAAUUAAGUAGUCUUCGAAAAGAACAUCCAGAUCUAGAAUUCAAUACAAUGGAACUUAGAAUUAUGCUGGGAUAUGCUUACCGUAAAAGUGGAAAUAAUAAAAAGGCUCUAUCUAUUUUGAAAGAGGCAUAUGAUUUAUAUAAAACAAUUUGUUUAAGUCAAAUUCGUGUCAUAAUCAAUAAUAUUCUAAUUAUCAGUUUAGAACUCGAGUUGUUUGAAGAAGCUAAGAAAUGGGUUGAUAUUAUAUUGAAAAUAGUUGUAGAACCUAUAAUGGGUAAACUUGAGGAUGAUAAACCUGAAUGGAGAAAAGAAGCAUUGCGUUUGACAGAAAAAAUUUAUCCGAAAAUAAAUUCAUUUGCUGAAACUUUAGAAAUAGUAUAA